ACGAAAGCAUAACUAAUAUUACGUUUACAUGUAAGUACCUACCUAAGUAUUAUUAUUUCAAAGGAUCAGCCAACUAAAGUAAUUACUCUGGUAAGGUAAGACAUACUUAUAUAUUAUGUAUGUGUACCUAUAGACUUUACCUAUAUUAUAUUAACACUUGAAUAUUGUAACCUAUAUUAUAUGUAUAAUUACAUGACAGGUCGACACGUCGUUAACUGAACGGAUAUAUUAUUUUGUUUGGGGUUGGAAUACAUUGUGAGGUCGACGUUCUCGCCGAUUGAUUGAUUGUCUCUAUACGGCACAACUGUUCGUAGUAUUUGUAACUCUUAUACAAACCAGCGCUUGUCGACUUGUUGUUGCUCUCAGAUAUUAGUAAACGCCACUGUAGCAUCGAAUGAUCACAUAUUCACAUAAGACAUAACAAACCUCACCGUCAUCGAUAUAUCGUCUCAGAGUUGUCAUACACCUGGAACAUUAGUUCGAAACCGAAACGAACAGGAAUUAAUAUUCUUACUUAUACUUUUAAACACGAGUCCGUACUCCGUAUAUUAAUAGUUUAGAUUUUCGGUGGAACUCGCAGGUGUGUGAAACUAAAACGUGUGCCCCCACACUUAUAUGGCGACAACGACCAAUGUACGUGGCGGUGCGCUGAUGUGGCCGACGGCGUGUUUCUGGGGCGCGUGUGGUGUGUUUACCUUGGACAUGGCGUAUAAUCAGUUCGACCGCUGGUUCUCGGCGUCGGUACUGGCGUCGGGCGUGCUGAACAUCGCCAUCACGCCGUGGAGCGUAUGCGUGCUGGACGGCUGGUGCGACGACCAUCUGUCCACCACGUACCGGCGCCUGUACACCAGGUUUGUGGCGUUUACGUGUCUGCUAUCCCGGGCGACUAUCGUGUACAAGGUGCGCGGACACCUAGCCGAUUUCAGGGGCCGGGAGGAAGCGUAUGAACGGAGCUGGCCCUCAUCCGGGGCGCACCGGCGCCGGUACCGGGCGUACGCAUCGUCUGUGGUCGCCGCGUACCUGGCCCUCGUCGUGCCCAUCAACCUCACGCGACUGUAUCUGCUGUACCGGUACGAGGAGUACGGCGACUCGAUGCUACUGCUGUUCUUCUUCAACAUGUACCUGCAAAACUGGAGCAUGUGCUGCUUGGAGACGCACUUCGCGCUCCUGUGCUUCGGCGUCUACCUAAAGUUCCGGGCCAUCAACGACGAACUGUCGGCUGUCCGGUCGGACGUCAUGGUCAGCAACAGGUAUCCGGUGGCGCUCCGGUCGUCAUUGCCGACGUUAGUGACCACGGCCACGUCCAUAUUGCAAGACCCGUGUGGACGGCCGAUGGAGGCGGCCGUCGAGGAGCUCAGGCUCAGGCACGGAUUGACGCGUGAGUCGGUCGAACAGCUCAACAACAUGUUCGGCGGCCAACUGGCCCUGUCUCUCAUCACCCUGUGCAUUAUGAUACUGUUUGAUAUCUACAACGAGGCAUUUCACGUGGGCGGCGGGAUUUCAAGAUCGAAAUUCAUCUUCGGCUGGCUUCUUCAAUACCUGUUCCGUUUCUUCGUGAUCGUCAUCACGGCACACAGCACCACCCAAGAGGGCUAUAAAACUAAAGUGCUUGUAACAGAAAUAAAUAAUCGGCAUUUAAAUAACAAUACGAAAUAUGAGUUGCAAUUGUUUCUGAAACAAAUGAAUCACCAAUCCAUUGAUAUAACUGCCUGUGACUGUUUCACCUUAAACGGUCGUCUCGUCGCUUCGGUAAGUUGUGCUUUUGACAUAUUGACAUCAAGUACCUAUGUGAUGUUAUUAGAAAAAUGUGUUAUUUAUUCUCUAAAUAUUACAUUUAUAUAGCCUAUAGGAUAAACGCAUGAGUGGAUUACAAUUUAAAGAUUUUUUUAUUGUGUACAUACCUAUAAUAUACAGCGCCACAGUCCAGAUAAGUAAAAAAAAAUAUAGCGGCGGCACGGCAGUGUAUUAUAAUCUAGAAACUUGAUCUGCCCAUUUGAACAGUGUAAAUGUUGGUGUUUAUUUUAAACGGACCUAACUACUUGUCUACUAAAACAAUUAAGACCUAAUAAAUUGAAAAAAAUUAAAAUAAUUGGGCAUACGAUCCUUUUGGCAAAAUCAUCGAGUGAUUUUUCGUGAUAUAAAAUUGAAAACAAUUCAUAAUUUAAUUUUAUAA